AUGUUAGGAGAAAAACACCAUACGCACACUCACCGAUACACGGACGGAUCUCGCUCUCGGGCCGGGGUCGGUAUCGGUCUAGCCGGAAACAUCACACCAACCAGCUGCAGCUUACCGCCGCAAUGUUCUGUCUUCUCUGCUGAAGCUGCUGACAUCUUCAUCGCUGCUACAACGCUCUCCAACCGACCGAUCCUGGUCCUCACGGAUUCGCACAGCGUCAUACAAACCCUGACAUUCGAGGCCCCGACUCAUCCCUGGGUACAGGUGACGAUGAAGUCCACGCCACCAAACACGGUAUUCUGCUGGGUUCCGGGGCACUCCGGAGUACCAAGCAACUCUGAAGCUGACUUUAUGGCUGGGGCAGGACCAUCUGCCCCCCGCUAUACUAACGAAGUACCGUUACACGAAGUCAAGUGCUGA